AUGUAAAGAUUUGACUGCUCCUCAAUACACCAAUGCGCCAUUCAUAAACAAAAUUUCUUGAUUCAUUGGUUGCUCUUCAUGUCGUGUGAAACGUCUUUGAACCAGCUUUCUGUAGAGACCCGUGCAAAACUGCGUUCCGCACAACUCCUUACUUCUUUGCCACAAGUAGUUUCGGAGCUGUUGCAGAACUCGUUGGAUGCCGGAGCAUCUCAGGUGGAUAUUGGCGUUGACUGCGAAGAAUGGAGCUGUUGGGUACGGGAUAAUGGUGCUGGGAUCAGCAAAGCGGGAUUGACUAUGAUUGGCAAGGGGUCGGAAGAAGGACGAUACAAUACAUCCAAAGCAUAUACCCCAGCAUCCCUAGAUUCUGUUUCGACAUUUGGUUUUCGCGGAGAAGCUCUAUCAUCAAUGGCUGAAUUAUGCUGUUUGGAAAUUUCGUCACGCACGUCUCAGUCUCGAGAAAGUUGGUCUGUCAUUCUCAAGGGUGGGAAGUCUUUGUACUCAGGACCAUCGAUUCGGUGGCGAAGAGAAACCCCAGGAAGUGUCGUAUGCGUCAGGGAUGCAUUUUUUAGCGCGAGUCAAGCCAUACAUGGCGCUUCUUCUUCUGACGCGCGCACACAGCUUCCUAUUCGUCGUCAAUCUCAUCCCUCUACAGCCAAGACUAUAGAUGGGAUCAAGCAAGAGGUCGAGGCAUACGCUCUGAUGUUUCCCAACGUGGCAUUCACACUUCAAGAUGACAGCAAAUCAAGAGAAAGUGCGUCGAGCAAGGGGCAGGUUCUCCGGGUUCCAAAGACCCGUUCAAUCUUGGCUGCAUUUCGACACAUGUAUGGUCGCGCACUGACCGAGCAUGUGGAAGAGAUUGAUGCCACAUCCGGAGAUUUGAAAGUGGAGGGAUUCAUGUCCCUUGUUGGAGCACGUUCGAAGGCUCAUCAGUAUCUGUACAUAAACAAACAUCCGAUAUCGUUCUGCGAUCUUCAUCGCCUAAUUGAUAAUAAAUUCUCGAAUAGUACGUUUAUGAAGCAUGCGUAUGAUGAAGGAGGGGAAACGAGUCUGAGAUCAUCGGUGCGCCGUUCGCCCCGCAAAGGCGAGAAGAAAGCUAUCUAUGUUCUAAAUUUGGACAUACCAACGCGACUCAUUGAUAACUGUCUGGAACCAGCAAAAUCCGCAGUUCAGAUCGAGCAUAAGAAUGUGGUGACAACAUUUCUAUCUUCUGUGAUUGAUUCGUUCUUGAUUCGACAUGGUUUCACAUCUGGCAAACGUGGCGCUGAAGAAGGCUGUGGUUCCCCGCCCAAGAAGCGCAAAGUCUCCAUGGUUCCAAAUAGCGCAGACCAAAAUAAGGUCCCUCAGCCUCCAGCUAAUAGGAAGGGAAACAUGUCCGAGCAAAUUCCGCGAACGACGGUUUGGGAAACGGCUGAAAUGUUCAUCGUGAAUCCUCGUACUGGAAAUUCUUAUUUGCAAAGUUCGCGCCACAAGAUCGACGGAACGAACUCGGCUAGCGCGAACCGUGUUUCCCGAAUUCCACGUCUUCUUAGAGAGGGUCCAUGUUCCGGCCCUGCUCAGCAUAAAAUACCCGAUUGGCUACAAGAAGCUCUCAUCGCGAACAAUGCGUAUGCUACUACGGAGCAAAGGAUUCCAUCCUUGCCGCUCUUUGCUAAUCAAGCUUCCGAUGAUCAGGGUUAUCCUAUUAUUCACUCUAAUCAUCCCUGCUCUUGCGCCUCCGCUUUUGGGUCAUCAUAUCUCCAGUCAGGUUCCGAACACGCACGAACAAGAUUUCACAAAAGUGACCUAUUGAAGGCACGGGUCAUCAACCAGGUCGACCGCAAGUUCAUCGCCUGUUUAGUUCAUUUAGAUCAUUCCGCCCAUCAGGAACAUGGGAAACCCCCAAAAAACCUUGCAGCGGAUGGCUCAACUCUGAUCCUGAUUGAUCAGCACGCUGCGGAUGAACGAGUCCGCGUAGAACGCUUUCUAACCGAAAUUUGCUUUGGCUUCCUACGACAUUGCGAGGGAACCGGGGGCGUCGAAGUUUCGGAACUGUCGCCUGCUGUGCCUAUUUUACUCACGCAUCACGAAGCUUCGCGCUUGGCAACUAUCCAAGAAGUACAGUCAGCAUUCGAUCGGUGGGGUAUACGCUUUGAGGGAUUGGCUAAGUUGUCCUCGUUCGAAUCGGAAUAUGAAUAUGCAAGAGAUGAAGCCAGUGGCGGGUAUGUACAAGUCUUUGUCAGAGCAAUACCUGCGAUUGUGAGCGACAAGGUACGCGUAGACUCUUUCAUGGUGUUACAGGCUUAUUGUCCUGUGGUACAGUUGCUCAUGAACGAUGAGUUGCGAGACCUUGUUAAAGGCUACCUGGGAACUCUCGAAAGCGAGGGAGCGUCUCCUCCUAACCUAUCGCAGCAAAAAGACGUCGAUAACAUCAAGGAUGACGAGUCGCGGUGGCUCAAGGCUCUUCGCUGGUGUCCACAGGAGCUUCUGGAUUUGAUCAACUCAAAAGCGUGUCGCGGUACUAACAUCAAAGUGCUUUUGAUAUACUCUUACUCAUUACUUGAUCCAGGCGCGGUCAUGUUCAACGAUCCACUAUCACUGGAACAGUGCGAACGCCUUGUGAGAAAUCUUGCUGCGACUGCAUUUCCCUUUCAAUGCGCCCAUGGAAGACCUUCCCUCGUUCCUCUGACUCAUGUAAGUAUCAAGAGUGGCGGGCGAUCCGCGCCGGCAUUGGAUUGGACAAGGCUGAGCUGACUCACGGCGAGCUAUCGUUAUUGUGUUCGCCUUGGAGACCUUUAUUGAGAACCGUGCAAUCGGUAUCUAUGAACACCUUUAUUACAUACAAUUGACGAUCUCAUUGUUGUGCGCUGGCACGUGAUGCGUCUAUGGUCAUGUGAUAUCCAAGUGUUCAUUAAUUCAGUGACGUCAAAGUGGCGUGUGGGGUA